UGACAGGGUCCGUUGCCGGGGAAACGCGUCGCGCGAGGGGAAGCACUGGAAAGCAGGGUCGCCCCCUGCGGCUCAUCAUGAACAGCCGAAGUGAGCGGCCGAUUCCUUUGCCUCGGACAGCAGCCAAGGUUGGAAAGCCCAAACCGAAGGACCCUGCAAGCAAUCAUCUACCUCUGUGUUCAGUAUAUCAUGAUAAUUGGCUGCUUAGAGAAGAUGAGCACAACAAUGAACAUUACAUCCUCUAUAAGAACCUGAAUGACUACAAGAAACUGCAAGAAGAAAAUAUAAAAAUAAAGAAUGAAUUGGAAGAUUUAAGAAGCCAAUAUGAACAGCUUAUAGAAGAAGGAAAGAAUAAAUGUUUUGAUGAAAGACGGGUCAGUUUUUUAAAGGCUCAAGCACUACAGCUGGAAAGGCAGGUGGUGCUGCUUACAGAAGGAUUAAAUUCCCGAGCUGUUCUUAUGUUGGAGUUAAACACAUCUUUAGAAGCUCUUAUUGACAAGGUUAGCUCUUUCCUUAGCAUAGAAGGAAGUGCAUCAAAAGUAAUCAUUCCACAUCCAGAACUUCUUCAAAUACUUGAGAUGUGCCAGACAAUGAGGUACAAACUGCAGAGACAUCAGCAGAUUUCUGAUCUGUCAAAACUUGCAUUGCCUUGGACAUCUGGAGGGAAUCUUGUUGCCCAGCCGAUAACCCUUUUGGAUGUUUGUUAUGGCAAAAUAGAAAAUUUAAAUCUUAGAUACGUGAGUGCUCUUGAAGGAAAACUGAGCAAGUUGUGGAGGCACCUGCUUGCCAUGAGGCAAAAUCUGAGUUUCUUGCUUGCCCCGGGACAAGUGUCUUCUGAAACAGCUCAUCAGAUUCUACCAACUGUUGUUUAUGCUCGGCUGAUAAAUCAAGUAGUUCAGUGUCAUCAGGCUGUGGAGGAAUGUUGCAGUGAUUUGCUCACUUUGACACUUCUGGUACCUUCAGCUCCUUGGGAUGUUUUAGAAAAUUCUUUGAGCCAGGAGUUCACUGUGGAGAAUGUGCUUGCAACACUUCCAGCAUUUCCCAAGGGUGCCCCUCAGCAGCGGGCUAAGAGAGCAGUAGAUGCCUUUGUAAAGGCUCAGAAUUAUUCCAGGCAAAUGUCAAUGCAGCAGAUACUUGCUUUGCAAGCUGAACUAAAUUUCCACAGAAAUUUAUAUAAUCUUCAGGUUAAAUAUAUUGAAGCUGUAUUUGAUGGGAUAAAACAAGCAUACCACACAUUUCAAGAUAAUGUUGCUAUGGUUCUUUGUUCCCCACUGCAAGAUAUUUUUUCUUCUUACACAAAACUUAAAACUGGAGCCUCAGAGGAUGCUUUGAGAGACUUUCUCACUGCUUUUAAAAACAAUGCUGAACAAAUCCAAUAUGCUAUUGAAACUUUGACUCCAUCAGCAAGUCAGCAACGUGAAGGUGAUGAAGCCCUGUCAAAAUUUGGAAAAGAGUUCUUUCUAUCUUUAGAACAGUCACUCAAAGCCUGUGGAGAACAACGGGAUAAAGCAGCCAACGAAAUGGGAAUCUUACAGAUGGAACUGGAUCAGGCUUUAGAAAAGCUUCGGAAUUUAAGGGAGCAAAAGAUGAAAAAAUCAGGGACCUUCCAGCAUUUCCCUAAUUAUGAAGAAAUUUCAACCACAAGUUGCUUGAAUGUUGUUUCCCAAAAGUCUGAACCUCAUUUCCCAUCUAAUUUUCCUCCAACCAGACUUAACCCUUUGCUAAAACAAGCUUCUGUUGCAGAGAAAGAACCUACCAGUUUGCUCCCCAAGCAGAGACUGGGCAAUUCUGAUGAUACAGUUAUUCAGCAGAAGGGAAAGACCCUUCAUAGGAGCAAGAGUAUGAAGGCCACUGAAAGGGCAGCAUGGCAAGAUUAGUUCGCUUUGCAUUUGUUACGGUUUGUAUAGAGAAACCCUGUGGUACAAAAAUGAUUGAGUGGGAGUCAAUGUUGCCUUUCCAGCAUCUUCUCAGUGCCACUUCAAUGGUUAUGUAAAACUGUUUGGGAAAUGGGAAACAUUUGAUACGUUAAAGCAAUUCUCACAUUAACGUCAAAAGGCAUAGCAGUGUCCCCAAACAUCAUAUAUCUCUGAAGAUAUGUAAAAGCAAUAAGUUAAGUCUGUGAAAUCUGAUUGACCCAGACAGCUUCCUUGAAACUUGCCAGAGCCAAAGUUACGUUCCAUACAUAUUUAUUUAUAAUAUAUAAUGUGUUUGUGUAUGUAUGAAUAUGAGAGAAAUACACACAUACACAUAAACUUACACACACACUUCCAUUCAUCCACUCACACUCAUCCACACAGACACACUUUUCAUAUAUAAUUCCAUCUCUCAAUUUUUCAAGAACUUUCAGAAGUGUAUUUUAAGUAACAGUUACUGAAUUACUCAGUAUUAAUAUUUGUUAGAUAUAAUGUAUGUAUAUGUAGGAAGAUACCAACCAUGUAGUCACUUGGAAGGGAAAUAAAUACCCACAAUAAAAGGCUUUUUGCUGUUCAGUCUAAAAGUCCUGUCCCACGCUUCAUUCUUUUACUCACAUUCUUAUUAAAUGAAGUAGAUGGAAGAUUUUGUUAAGUGACAUUUAGAAGCUGAGUAGUCUGGCCAUUUUGUUUUUUGGUGUCAGUAGAAGAACUAUUUUAUAGAAAGAUGAAUUUAACUGCUUUCUUGAAUGCUGAACCAAGAUCAUAGGAAAUAGCUAUGCACAUGGACAAAUAAGUGCUUUAGAUAGUAAUAUUUUCAACCAGAUCCAUUGCUGUUCUGUAGAAAGCAUGUUCCUUUACUAUUGCCUUUUUAUGAAAUUAAAUUUUUGCAUUGUAAUAUUUAUAAAUCCAAACAUAUUUCUUCAUAUGGUUCUAGUGUGUCAGAGGAAUGUAGUCGCUCUCUUUGGCAUAUUCUCUAUUGAAUUCAUGCUUGAAAGCUAGAUUAAUCAAGUUGCUUGAAGUGAGCUCCAAGUAAAAUCUUCAAAAUAUUUUACCAAUUUUAACUAAUAUAUAGAGAAUGUUUUAUAAAAAUAAUCAAAACAUUAUAACUUUGAAAGAUUAGGAAUAACUAUCAGAAAUUAUUUUGUGAUUUUAUUUUGGUAGUGAGAAAUGAAUGGUAGUGAUUUUGUAGUAGUUUUGUAAUGAUAAAUAAAUGAAGAUAUUUCUUCAUUUAUUGUACACCAACCUGAGCUAAUAUGAUUGGAGAUGUGCACAUAGCUUGCACAUAAAUAAAAUGCAUUAAAUGGAUUUAUUUUUUAUUGUAUUUACUGAAAUGUU